UUUUUUUUUUUUUGGUUUUACUUUUCUCUGUUUUUAUUAUUGUUAAUGCUUAAUCUUCGAAAAUAUAUUGUGGUACAUAGCACAUAUUUGUAGAUACAUACAUACAUAUGUACAUAUAAUUAUAAUUCGAUUAUAUUGUAUUUGCAUAUUAUUAUAUAAGCAAUACAACAUAAAUAAAUAUAUUGUUAUACAAAAGGAAUUUCUAUGAUAAAAAUUAUAAGUGUUAAUAAGGAUAAUUUGAAAAAGAGUAGAACAAAAAAAAAAUAGAAAUUCGAAUAUUAUUGGAGAAAAAUGAAUUAAGGAUAAUAAAAGAUCCAAAACUCUUUGGAAAAAAAUGAAAUCCCGAAGAUACUUAUAAUUGAGCCUCUCUUGAUCAAUUGUUUAACGAGUAGAAAUUGCUGAAAAUUAAAGCUACUAUACUCUAUUCAGUAUUUUGGCUCGAGAUAAAAGGAAAUAUUUGAAAGGAACACAGGACGUGUCAAUUCAUCGAUAAUUUUCUUCCAAUUCAAAAAAAAAAAUGGCUGCCAUUAAUUACUGCCAGAUUUUUCAACAUUAAUAUCAACACAACACACAGCCACACUCACACACCAAAAAUAUUUUUUUUAAAUCCAACACAAAUCAAAAGUAAACACGGAAGAAAUACAACAAAAAACGCAAAGGAACGAAGCGAAAAAGAAAAAAAAAUUUAUUGCGGAAUUCGAUUCGAAAAAAAAAGGAAACAAAUAUCGAAAGGAUAAUAAAAAAAAUAAAUAACCAGCAAAGGAAAAGAGAAAAAAAUAUAAUAAAAAUAAAAGGAGCAAAAAAUAAAGAAUUUAAAGUGAAAAUCACAAAUUUAAGCAAAAAUGUUUUUACCUGUGAAACCAAACACAGGUCUAGAUACAAAUAAUAGCAAUGGUUUAAGUAAUGGUAAUGGAGGUAAUGGUAUUGGUGGCGCCAGUUCAAAUAAUAACGAUGAUAUAAAUACAGCAACAAGUAAUAAUUCAACACAAACACCAAGUGAUUUAAGUCCACCAGGUCCAAAUGAAGAAAUUUUACCACAGGCACAUCAUCAAAAUCCAGGACAUUGUAUUGCAUCAUUUGCUGCUAUCAAUAGAAUGAGAUCAAAUGCUCAGCUUUGUGAUGUUACACUUGAAGUUGGAGGUGAAGAAAUUCAUGCUCAUAAAGUGGUUUUAGCAUCAGUUAGUCCAUAUUUUUAUGCAAUGUUUAAUGAUGAUAUGCUCGAACGUAAUCAAGGAAAUGUAACAUUACAUGAUGUUGAUCCAACUGCUUUAAGACAAUUAAUUGAUUAUACAUAUACAGGUGAAAUAACUAUAACUGAAGAUAAUGUUCAAGUAUUAUUGCCAGCAUCAAGUCUUUUACAAAUUCAAUCAGUUAGAGAAGCAUGUUGUAAAUUUUUAUUAAGACAAUUGCAUCCAUCAAAUUGUUUAGGAAUACGAAGUUUUGCUGAUGCCCAUUCUUGUAAAGAAUUGCAUACACGUUCUCAUAAAUAUGCACUGCAGAAUUUUCAACAAGUUGUUAGCACUGAAGAAUUUCUUUUGCUGCCGUUCGAUGAAGUCAGAGAUUUAAUAUCAAAUAAUCAAUUAAAUAUUUGUUCUGAAGAGAAAGUAUUUUUAGCUGUAUUAAAUUGGAUUAAACAUGAUUUAAGUGAACGUCAAAAGCACAUUUCAGAAUUAAUGACACAUGUAAGAUUGCCAUUAGUUAAUCGUGAUUUUCUAAUGACAUGUGUUGAAUCUGAAAAUUUAAUAAGAGAUGAUCCACAAUGUAAAGAAUUAUUAUUAGAAGCAAUGAAAUAUCAUUUGUUACCAGAACAACGAAGUUUAAUGACAACACAAAGAACAAAUGAACGUCGUCCAGAUGGUAUGAAACCAUAUAUAUUUGCUGUUGGCGGUGGAAGUUUAUUUGCAAUACAUAGUGAAUGUGAAUGUUAUAAUCCAAGAACAAAUACAUGGACACCAAUAUCACCAAUGUUAUGGCGUAGAUCACGUUCUGGUGUUACAUCAUUACAUAAAUUAUUAUAUGUUGUUGGUGGUUAUGAUGGUGUUGCUGAUUUAUCAUCAGCUGAAUAUUAUAAUCCAUUACGGAAUAAAUGGACAAAUAUAACACCAAUGGGUACUAAACGUUCAUGUUUAGGUAUAUGUUCAUUUGAUGGUCUUGUAUAUGUAUGUGGUGGUUAUGAUGGUGCAUCAUGUUUAAGUAGUAUGGAAAGAUAUGAUCCAUUAACUGGUGUUUGGAGUUCAUGUCCAGCAAUGAGUACAAGAAGACGUUAUUGUAGAUUAGCUCAAUUGGAUAAUUGUAUUUAUUCAUUGGGUGGUUUUGAUUCAACAAAUUAUCAAUCAUCUGUUGAAAGAUUUGAUCCAAGAGUUGGACGUUGGACACCAGUUCCAAAUAUGACAGCUAGAAGAAGUAGUUGCGGUGUUGCUGCUUUUGAUGGUCAUUUAUAUUGUGUUGGUGGUAAUGAUGGAACAAUGUAUAUGUCAAGUGGUGAACGUUUUAAUAUAAGACGUAAUGCAUGGGAACCGAUUGGAGCAAUGCAUUCUAGAAGAUCCACACAUGAAGUUGUCGAAGUUGAUGGUUAUUUAUAUGCACUUGGUGGUAAUGAUGGAUCUUCAUCAUUGAAUUCUGUUGAAAAAUAUGAUCCAAAAAAUAAUAAAUGGAGUAUUGUAAGUUCAAUGGUAACAAGACGUAGUUCAGUUGGUGCCUCAGUAUUAGAAUGUUUCAAUUUGGAAAGAGGAUUAGUACAAAUGACAAAUUUAUGACCUUUAUCAUCAAUUGUUGAAGCAACUGUUAAUUCACAACCAACUGGAAAUGGUAAUAAUAAUAGCAGUAGCAGUUCUCCACCUAGUAUAAGUUCAUCGGUGCCUUCUUCUUCUUCAACAUCAUCAACAUCAUCUUCAUCGUCAUCGUCUGGGUCAUCUUCAUCAUCAGCGGUAUUAUCGGGUAACGCAAAUAAAUCAGGCAUUUAACAACCAGAAAAUGAUGUAGCAGCAGAGUAAUAAAAUAAUAAAUUACAAACAAAAGUACAGACUAAAAUAAUGAAAUUAUUUGCCAAAAGUAAAAUAAAAAAUAUGAGAAAAUUAUUUAAUUACCUUGGAAUUUAACAGUUUUUUUUUUUUUUAUAAAAUUUCAAAUCAAAUUUUAAUAUUUACAUAAAAUACAUUAAAUAAUAUUAAUCAAAAGUUAAAAAUGAACUUAUAAUCAAAAAACAAAAAAACAAGGCGAAAAAAUUCUCAUUUUUAAAAAGUUAAUCAUUUUAGAAGUCACAUAAAAUAUUCUAGUCAUAGAAAAUCAAAAAAUAUAUUUAGAUUAAAGAUGGUAACUAAUCACAAACCGUUCAUAAUCACUUGAAUCUAGUAUUUGAAUUUAGAAAUUCGAUAAUUAAAAAAUUCUGAAAUCGAAAAAAUUUAAAAUGUU